UCGAAUCUCCAACUUCACCCCCACCAUUGCCACCACCACCAGACUCUUAUCCAACCUGAUGGAUCUUCGUAACAACACCCAAAGUUUGAAGAGAAAACUCGAUUGGACUGAAGAAGAUGAAGUAGAAGAAGUAACAACCAAACCUCGUCGUUUAGAUCUUCCCACUGAUAUUUCCAAUCGUAUUCAUCUUCUCAAAUCCUCUUUUUCAUCUUCUUGUUCAGAUCGUUCUUCUGCUAAUUGUGCUCUCUUUGUCCUUUCCGAAUUCGCCAAAGACGAGGAUAUUGUUGAUGUUAUAGUCAAUUGCGGUGCUGUUCCUGUUCUGGUGGAGAUUCUGGAGACGGCCGGAGAUUGUGAUGCUGAUUCUUAUAAGUAUGAUAUGGAGAAGGAUUGUGCGUUCAUCCUUGGUCUCCUCGCUGUCAAACCAGAGUAUCAACGACUCAUCGUUGAUGCUGGAGCCUUGUCCUAUCUCGUAGAGUUGUUAAAGAGACCCAAAAGCCCUGUAAUUUCUCAAGCACUUUUUUCUGGUCUUCUUAGGAGAGCAGCCGAUGCAAUAACCAGCCUUGCCCAUGAAAAUACCAACAUUAAGACCCUUGUCAGGUUGGACGGUGGUAUCCCUCCUCUUGUUGAAUUGCUUGAAUUCAAUGAUACAAAGGUACAGAGAGCAGCUGCAGGUGCCUUGCGGACUCUCGCAUUUCAAAAUGCUGAGAACAAAAAUCAGAUUAUUGAAUGCAAUGCGUUGCCAACUCUUGUACUAAUGCUUGGAUCAGCAGAUGCCUCAAUACAUUAUGAAGCGGUUGGCGUGAUUGGAAAUCUGGUCCAUUCUUCGCCAGAAAUUAAGAGAGAAGUUCUUCUGGCUGGGGCAUUACAGCCAGUUAUUUGCUUACUAAGCUCCUGCUGUUUGGAGAGCCGAAGAGAAGCAGCUCUUUUAAUUGGUCAAUUUGCUACAACGGAUUCAGAUUGCAAGAUUCACAUUGCCCAAAGAGGGGCUAUAAACCCCUUAAUUGAGAUGCUUAAGUCUUCAGAUUUACAGCUUAGGGAAAUGUCAACUUUUGCACUUGGGAGGUUGGCACAGGACUCACACAAUCAAGCUGGUAUUGCUUAUAAUGGAGGUAUAGAGCCUCUGCUUGAUCUUCUUGACACAAAGAAUGGUUCCGUUCAACACAACGCAGCUUUUGCUCUCUAUGGUCUGGCUGAUAAUGAGGACAAUGUUGCGGUUAUAAUUAAGGCUGGUGGUUUUCAAAAACUGCAUGAUGGACAUUUCAACGCUCAACCUACUCAAGAGUGUGUAACAAAGACGUUAAAAAGAUUGGAAGAGAAGAUGCAAGGGCGAGUACUGAAACACAUGUUAUAUCUUAUGCGCACUGGGGAAAAGGAUCUUCAAAUACGUGUAGCUCUUGCUCUUGCACAUUUAUGUUCCCCUGAUGAUCGGAAAACUAUAUUUAUUGACAAUAAUGGAUUAGAACUGCUGUUGAAUCUUCUCCAAUCUACAAACCCAAAGCAGAAAGGUGAUGCUUCAGCAGCGCUUCACACAAUGGCUAUGAAAGACAUGUGUUCCUCUAUUGUUGAUCCUGCUCCUACAUCACCAACUCCCCAGGUUUACUUGGGUGAGCAAUACGUAAACAAUCCUAAACUUUCUGAUGUCACAUUCAUAGUUGAAGGCAAAAGCUUUUAUGCUCAUAGAGUUUGUUUACUUUCUUCUUCUGAUACAUUUCGUGCAAUGUUUGAUGGGGGCUAUAGGGAAAAGGAAGCCAAAAAUAUAGAGAUUCCAAAUAUUAAAUGGGAUGUCUUUGAGUUGAUGAUGAGAUAUAUAUACACUGGAGCAGUAGAUAUUGAUUUGGAUCUUGCUCCGGACCUCCUUAAAGCUGCAGAUCAAUAUCUUCUUGAUGGUCUUAAGAGUCUUUGCGAAUAUGCUAUUUCUGAGGAUAUUUCUGUGGAAAAUGUUUCACAGAUGUAUGUGAUGUCAGACACUUUUAAUGCUACAUCAUUAAGAUAUGCAUGCAUACUCUUUGUCCUGGAGCAAUUUGAUAAUCUGAGUACCAAACCAUGGUAUCGUCGCUUUCUUCAUUGCAUUGUACCAGACAUUCACAAAUUCUUCUCAACUCUUCUUACCCACCCUCAUUUGGCUAACUUGUGCCGUCGUGCGGAUCCUUAGAUUUCUAAUCUCUCCUUGAGGAAGGAUGAAAGUGUACAAAGCAGUAGGUGUUGAGUUAAUUACAAGCACAUUUGCAUGUCAUUCUUUGGUCCUUAGCAUGUUUGUUUCUGCAUUGUCAUGUGCUGAAUGCACGAGUGUAGCUUCUGUCCAUUUGCACAGGAGCACCGUGAUUUUGUAGAUUUUCAAAUAUAUAGUUGAUUGGUAGGGAAAGUCAUUAUAUUUUAGAACAAUUACAAGGGUCCAGAACUGUACUUCAUGUUAUUUUGACAGUAAAAAUGUCAAUUCUAUUGAAGUAAUCAUAUUUAUAUAUUUGGCUGAGUAUCAAGAUAGUUUGGUCUUUCUUUAGGCUUGUGAAUGCUGAGUUUGGUCUUAAAUUAUCGGUGGUUAUAAUCGA